CCAGUCCGCCAUGGCGCCGCAGCUGGGCUUAGCGCUCGUUACCGUGGCGGCAGCCUCCGCAGCCCUGGGGCUCAGCCUGCAGCGCGCAGACUCGUCCGAGGCGGCGGCCCUCGCCCUCCACAGACCACCGCCGGUCGGCAACGCCGUCCACCUGCGCUUCCGCGAGACGCCCGUCUGGCUCGCCUGCCAGAUGCGGGACUCCCCCGCCGACAGGUUCGUCCACCACGCGGCCGCUGCCGACGACGACAACGACACCUCCUCGGACGUCGUUUUCAGAGCCUUCGAUACUGGCACCAGGUACGAGUGCCGGUUCGAGGCGAGCGAGGCGCAGCGGGCGGAGCUGCGGCAGCGUGAGAUGCUGCGCAUCGGCGUGGGCAUCGUGAUGAUGAAGUACGAGGACCAGAAGUGGUUCUCGGGCGACCUGCCGCCGUUCGACUGCACGACGCGGCGCAGCGCGCUGCCGCGCUGGCUGUUCGACCUCGAGGUGCGCCGGCCGCCCGCCGCCGAGGCGGAGGCGGCGCUCUGCGCCUGGAAGCGCCACUACCCGCGCGGCUGGCGCGGCCUCGACGCGCUCGCGCCGCUCGCCUUCGACUUCCCGGACCUGCCGACCGUCGCCUGCGCCAUGGCUCCGCCCGGCGACUUCUCGGCCGGCACCGUCGCCUUCACUCUGCCCGGCUUCGCAGACCCGCCCUUCGUCUGCGUCUUCCGGACCUACCGGGACUUCCCCGGGCUCGUCGAGACGCAGCUGCAGCGACAACUGGACGACCUGCAGCGGCGGCUGCGCGUCUCUCAGGAGCCUCAGGGAAACCACGCGGUCCGCUGCGAGCGGGCAGGCAAUGGCGAGCCGUCCUCUCUCUCCAGCAAGGCCAAGAGGGUGACUUUUGUGGUACGGGCCGCCGGUGGCUACACCGCUCGAUGCAGGUUCCGGGUGUCAAAGGAUGCAUUUUCUAAAUGAUUCUACGAAGCUGUCAUCAUCGUAGUGUCAGCAGGAAUGGACUGACAGAUGAAAACACACCGAAGAGGACAACUAGGAUUCUGUGUCAUGAAUUCGCUCUUCUGCUGGAGUGCGUAGCGUUCCUAAAAUGAAAAAUAUACUUUUCCCGUCUACCACAGUUGUGUCUCUUAUAUUUAUAGCCCUACUGGGAUCUAACAGCGUUCUUUGGUUCCAGUCAUCAGAGGAAUAUACCAUAAAGAUGACAGAGAAAGGAAGGAAAAUGAAAUCUGAGUUCCCAGUCUAGCAACAUGGCAUGGGCCUGGAAAUUAAAUGCAUUUUAGAAUUUAUAACGUUUUUUUCUGUAAGAGAUAUCUUUCCGCGCCCGCUGCUGUAGCUGCAAAAAUAAUUGCCUUCUGUUCAUAGAAAUGCUUGUUGCUUCAAUAAAGGAAUUGGAAUAAUUAAUGAA